UCAAACAGCUCAGACUCCGAUUCAGACAGCUCAGACUCCGACUCCGACUCUGACUCAAACUCUAAAUCUAAAUCCAACUCAGACAGCGCCGGCUCAGACAGUUCCGACAGUUCAGACAGCUCGGACUCAGAUGAUUCGGAUUCUGAAUCCAAGACCGAUAUUAAGAAAACUAAGAAAAGAUCAUCUGACGAGAAAAGCGAUUCCAAUAAGAAGCAAAAGCUUGAACCAUCCUCCUCUCAAACGGAAUCCUUCUCCCCUUCCCCAGUUUCUGAUGCAAGAAUAAGUGCUUCCCAAGAACCUGAAUUGAAACCAGGUCAAAGAAAGCAUUUUUCUAGAAUUGAUCGUAGUAAGAUCUCUUUCGAAGACAACACCUUAGCCGACAAUACUUACAAAGGAGCAGCUGGAAGUUGGGGUGAACUUGCCAAUGAAAAGUUAUUACAAGUUAGGGGUAAGGACUUCACCAAAAACAAAAACAAGAUGAAGAAAGGUUCAUACAGAGGUGGUUCGAUCACUUUUGCAUCCGGCUCCUACAAAUUCACCGAUUGA